AUGAGGGACAUUGACGAUUAUCUGGAAGAGAACGAUCACGAUGUGUCUCAGAGAUAUCCGAAUAACAUGCAUGAUGCCGUUCAUGACAGCUUCGAUCUAAAUCCUCUCGACCUCUAUCAUAGCUACAACAACAAUCUUGCUUUCGACAUGUUCAGCAAUGACAACCACAACAGCGGCCAAGGUAGUCUUCCCUUACUCGACAGCGAUGAGCAACAACGAUCCUUCGCUUCUUCUGGUCUCGAUGGUCACAUGUCCUCUCCAAACUCGCAGCAAGGCCACGAGCAGCACCAGCUCGCGAUGGCCUCCAGCCUCAACAGCAACUCCUUUCCCUACACCACACAGCAUGAUCAAGGCCCCUUUGCAGAAUCAAUUGAGCAUGAUAUCACAGCCCCUGAGGAAGAGGACGAUGAAGACGAAAUUCCUCUGAAGAACGAAGAGCGUGACUCUGAUGAUGAAUUCGAGGAUGACGAUGAGUACGAGGAAGCGGACGAGGAGACCAAAGAGGAGGAAGACGGUCAGAGGAAGAAAGGCAAACGCAAGCCAUACAGUGGCACACGUUCCCUCAUUCGCUGGCACACCGGCCAGGACCAACUUGCACUGAUGGCCUUGAUCUACGAACUCGAAAUGGACAAUGUCACAAUCCCGUAUGCCAGGGUAUGCAGGCAUAUCCAAGCUGAUUCCAGACCUGAAAGUCAAGCAUUGCCGCAGCACCUCACAAAGGCACGUAAGGCUCGUAUCUACUAUGGGCUUCCUGUGCCCCCACUAGUCCCGAGCAAGAGAAAGACGGACUCAGACAAGCUCGGAAAUGUCACCGAAAAGGAUGUCAAAGUCUGGAGCACCCUUACCUACACCAAGCCUGGACGCGACAACCAGGCUGAUGGCGCUCCUGGUACCAUGCGGCCUUAUUAUACCCCACUACCUGUUGCUGGCAGACCCGACCUUCCUCAUUUUGACCCUACAACAGGAACUGAGGUGAAUAUGUCGCGAGAACCUCCCGAGACUCCGGCCAAGGCACUCCGAGCAUCAAAACCCGCAAGCGCUGCAAGCAAGAAGAAGAGCAAGCAAACAGUCAAAGAGGAUGCCGACAGGGAAGAGAGUGCUCCAAUUGCUUCAAGCGAGAAGAAGGGCAGAUCUCACAAGAAGGUCGUCAAGGUAGAGCAAGAUGACGAUGCUGCUUACAGCGAAAAGCCGACUCGUAAGGCUCAGAACACACCUGCAGCAUCGAAGAGAAAGCCGGCUGCAAAGCCUGCUACUAGCGUCACACCCUCCAAGCCCAAGGGAGUGACAAAGUCGAAAAAGACACCCUCGACACUCAACAAGAAGAUGUCAGCAAUGGCGUUCAAUUCGCCCGGAACCAACAUUGUGCAGGCUGCGACCCCAUCAAAGAAACCGAGAGCUCCCAGAAAGAAGGCCAUGGUCAACGCUACUCCUGUGCUUGAGAAUCUCACUGCUCCCAAGACCGUUUCAGCCGCGAUCAACGAAACAGAGAAGUCUGGUCAGAGCUAUGGCAGAGUCGGCAUGAAAGCUCCCAGCAUACCGGCCCAAUCGCUCGAGAAUAUGCUCGCAGAUCUUCCUCAGGGCCAAUUCCAGAUGGGUAGACAUCAAGCCAGUCACAGCUUCGAUUCACAGUCCACUAUGUCGACAGUCCCCAGCCAGUCUAUGUUCGACACUUCUGCUCAGUUCAACCCAAACAAUUUCCACCCCCAGAUGCAGAACAACUACCUAGCCCACAGCUACCCCAGCAAUGGCUACGGUAAUCAUAUGAUGCCGAGUCACAACUCCUCUUUUGCCCACGGACACGGUGUGUCGGCUAUGGCUUCUGGAGGAAAGCAACAACAGAGCUGGGAUCUUGGAAUGCAGGGACAGGGCGGCUACCCUAUGCAGCAGUACAACAAUGGCCACGGUCAUGGAUACGGCAACGUCAACAAUCAUGGUUCACCUUAUGGCUUGGGUAUCAUGAACAGCACCGCUAUUCUGCCUAGAGAGCAUAUUCAACUCGAGAACGAGCUGGGCAACUACAGCUUUGACAGCGGUCCUGCCAGCAACAUGCUUCCUCAGCAGCAGCUCUAUUCGGACGAUAGUGCGCAGAUGCAGACUGACGGCAACGACAUGAAGCCCAACAUGGAGCAGUAUGCAGAUUUCGCUGACGUCUCCAAUUUUGGCAAUGGCAGCAACAUCUACACCGAUUACAAGCAAACCACCUCUCACCACUGA